AUGAGAAUAACAGACAACUUACCAUCGGAUCACUUUUACCACAUCAAGGGUAACGAAAACCCGUGCGAUUGUUUGUCCCGUGGAUUAACUCCUACACAACUUAUGAAUCACCCCCUGUGGCUACAGGGGCCUCCUUGGGCCCAUUUACAAAAAACCGAAUGGCCAAUAAAAACAUUUGUGCCAAAGGAAUCUUCCGACGCGCCGGAGCUUAAGUCUAUUUCCCUAGUAAUAAUAAAACCAAUCGAAGAACCUUUUCUUUAUAAGCUAGCACGUAAUUACUCUUCGUGGCAACGGUUCCUUAACGUGGCAAGCUACAUAUACAAGUUUAUAAGGAAGCUACCUCUGGGACCCAUAGUUGAGUCAGAUUUGGAAUUUACGGAAUUAGAAAUUAUGAAGGUAAUACAGUCAAUACAUUUUAGUGAUGACCUUCAACGUUUAGAGAAAGGGGGAUGUCGUUCUCCAUCUAUUAAAAAAUUAAACCCAUUUCUUAAGGAUGGCGUAUUACGCGUAGGUGGCCGUUUGGCAAACUCAGAGGAGAGUUUUGAUUUUAAACAUCCUAUUCUCCUUCCUUGUAAGGAUCAUGUAGUAGACUUGCUCAUACGCUCAUACCACUGCAAAUAUUUACAUACAGGACCAGGGUUGCUAUCUUCUGUACUCCGUGUUAAAUACUGGAUACUAUCUGCUAGACGUGCAAUUAGAGCCAUUAUAUCUAAAUGCAACGUAUGUUUUCGAUCUAAGCCUCAACCUGGGUUCCCUAUGAUGGCUGACCUCCCUGAACCUCGAGUGAGAGCGGUUGUCAAAGCCUUCGUCCAUACUGGAUGCGAUUAUGCCGGCCUAGUCCUAGUAACACCAUAUCGUGGUAAGGGUAUAAAAAGCCGUAAGGCUUACAUCUGCCUGUUUACAUGCCUUACUACACGAGCGGUGCAUAUUGAGCUCGCAAGCGAUCUCAGCACAGCUUGCUUCUUGGCAGCCAUGAAACGAUUCCUAGCUAGACGGGGAUCGGUUCAAUGUUUUUAUACCGAUAACGGAACUAAUUUUAUUGGUGCCCGAUCUUAUCUUCGCGAUUUGUACGCUUUUCUAAAGAAUGAAUAUAAACCAGUGUGGGAAAAGCAGUUAGCAGAAAGUCGUAUCCAAUGGAAACUGAUUCCUCCUAAUGCUCCACACUUCGGUGGUUGCUGGGAAAGUAACAUCAAGUGCAUAAAAACCCAUUUAUAUAGGGUCAUCGGCCAACAAAUUCUAACCUUUGAGGAGCUUCAAACAGUUUUAAGCCAGAUUGAAUCCAUAUUGAAUUCACGACCACUUACAGUUCUCAGCUCUGAUCCUUCAGAUCCAGCAGCUUUGACGCCAGCUCAUUUUUUACAUACCGUCCCGCUUGAUUUCCUGCCAGCACCUGAUAUCGAUGAUUCAAUUCCGCAUCUUCUAACUCGAUAUGAACUCUUAGACAAGUUGGUACAGUCAUUCUGGAUGCGAUGGAGGAGAGAAUAUCUUCAUAGCCUACAAGCCCGCCAGAAGUGGAACUCACCAUCCUUCCCAGUUAAGGAAGGAACGGUUGUUGUAGUAAUACAGGAUAACAUCACGCCCUUACAUUGGCCCUUAGGCAUUACAAUAACACAAACCUUUAAAGGUAAGGACGACGUUAUACGUGUAGCAAUGGUAAGGACUAAGCACGGUACUUACCAAAGACCAGUGGUUAAAUUGUGUCCAUUACCAACUCAGUAA